GGGUUUGCAAAGAUCACUCCAUUGUUGCCCCUCCUACUUAAGGCACAUCUUUUCUUCAGCUUCUUCAACAUCGUUUCGAGGCGCAUGAAUUGUAUGGAAGGAUUGCUCACCAUGAUCACUAUCAUAAAUACACCUUUACAGAAACCCCAAACUCUAGCUUCAUCAUAGACUUCUUGAAUCGUAUGGCCGGUUCCAAAGGGAGAAACAUCACAAGGGAUGCGAGCGCGCUCCAACUGAGUAUGAACUGGUGUGGGGCCGCUUGAGGAUCUGCAGAGGCGGGGUUUUGAGGUACAUCUGAGAUGGAGCUUCGGUGGUUUGUACCUUACUUUUUUCCUUCUUCUGAGCCAAUCAAAAGCUCGGUUCGUCUUUUCUCUUGCACCAAUAAAUAAAGGGACUUCUAGAGGUGUAGAGGCGCGGGGCGGGCGGUUGGAGGCACUAGCUGAGAGCGGCGGAAGAAUGCUGCAACUGGGUGUGAUGUUCGUCUGUCAGCUUGGUCUACGACAACAAGGGUUGAUGGCGACAGCGAUGUGGAAGGGAUUAGAUGCCAACGAUGGGGGUCAAUUUUUUGGUUUGGGUUUCAUUCUCUUGUUUUGUGGCUGACAGUGAUUAGCCUUUAGGUGUGGGGGACGCGAGAUUGAGGAGAUCUCGAAGGGAGUGGCUGGACUUUGAGGUUUAUGUGGUUGGUACUGUGGGUGAUGGUUUGACUUAUUGUCAUUGAUGGGUAAACUAGGUGGGAGUUUUGGAGGGUAACUGAGUCGGAAUGUGAAUGUUUGUGGUGAUGCUAGGGGUUGGUCUUUCUUUUGAGCAAUGGUGGGUUUUGGGUCUUUGCACGAUAUUGGGGCUGUGAUUUCCUUUGUUGGUUGUUUUUCUGCUAGAUUUCCUAAGGGUGGAGAUGAGAGUGAUAUUACCUGCGAAGAGUUUGCAUGGUGGGAUGGGUCUUCUGCAUGAGCUUGUUGGAACUGGAUGGAGAGGGCAGCCAUCAUCUCAUCGAGGCGUUUGAAUAUACCUUUAUUGAGAGAGAAGGAGACCUGACUUGACUUUGAGAACUUCAAUCCCAAGAAGUAGUGAAGAUCUCCCAAGUCCUUAAUAGCAAAGUCGACACUGAAGAGUUGAAGAAGCUCUGUAAAUGCAGCAAGGGCAGAUCCGGUUAUGAUGAUGUCAUCUACAUAGAUGAGAAGGAAGGUUUAUGCCUUUAAUGUUUCCGGUGUAAUCCCAGAAGAGCUAUGGACUCUAACUUUCCUCACCAAUCUAGAUAUUAGGCAAAAUUGCUUGACAGGUAAACUGUCCGCAUCCAUUGGCAAUCUAACUCGCUUGCAAUACCUGGCUCUUGGCAUUAAUGCAUUAUCAGGGGAGCUUCCAAAGGAACUUGGAGAGCUUACCAAUUUAAUAUCAUUGUCAUUUCAAUCAAACAACUUCUCGGGCUCUUUGCCAUCUGAGCUUGGGAAUUUAGUGAAACUAGAACAAAUCUACUUUGAUAGUUCUGGAGUUAGUGGUGAGAUUCCUUCUACAUUUGCUAACUUACGAAACCUCAAAACCGUGUGGGCAUCAGACACUGAACUCACGGGCAGGAUACCAGACUUCAUAGGGAAUUGGUCAAAGCUUUCUGUCAUGAGGCUUCAAGGAAACUCUUUCCAAGGUCCAAUACCCUCAACACUUUCCAAUUUGACUUCUCUGAUAGAGUUGAGAAUAAGUGAUUUGUCUAAUGGGAGCUCUUCACUGGCAUUCAUAAAGGAUAUGAAGUCUCUAAGUAUCUUAGUGCUGAGGAACAAUAACAUUUCUGAUUCAAUUCCAUCCAAUAUAGGAGAAUACCAGAAAUUGACACAGCUGGAUUUGAGCUUUAACAAUAUAACAGGGCAGAUUCCGGACCUCCUUUUCGAUUUGAGUUCGCUCUCUUACUUGUUUCUUGGAAAUAAUAAGUUAAAUGGCACACUGCCUGCAAACAAAAGUGCGAAUCUUCUCAACAUUGAUUUGUCGUACAAUAAUUUAGUGGGAAGCUUUCCUUCUUGGAUCAGCGAACAAAAUUUACAACUCAAUGUAGUUUCCAACAACUUCACAAUAGAAAGUUCAAACAGCAGUGGUUUGCCUUCAGGACUGAACUGCCUACAACGGAGCUUUCCUUGCAAUCGAGGCCCUGGAAUAUAUUAUAACUUUAGCAUUAAGUGUGGUGGUCCUCAGAUUAUGUCUUCUAAUGGGAUUGUCUAUGAGAGGGAUAACGAGACACUUGGUCCAGCCACGUAUUAUGUGGCCAACACAAACAGGUGGGCUGUUAGCAAUGUUGGAUAUUUCACUGGGAGCAAUAAUCCUCAGUACACAAGUACCUUGUUAUCUCAAUUCACAAGUUUAGACUCAGAGCUGUUCCAGACAGCUCGACUCUCUGCUUCAUCGUUAAGGUACUAUGGCUUGGGGCUUGAGAACGGGAACUACACUGUAAGGCUCCAGUUUGUAGAAACAGCUUUUCCAGAUACUUCGACUUGGCAAAGUCUUGGGAGGCGUGUCUUCGAUAUUUAUAUUCAGGGGAAUCUUGUUUCAAAGGAUUUUGACAUACGAAGGGAGGCUGGUGGAGUCUCUAUGCAACCCGUUACAAUGGAAUUUCAGGUCCAGGUAUCAGAAAACUACCUUGAAGUCCAUCUCUUUUGGGCUGGGAAAGGAACUUGCUGCAUACCUAGUCAAGGUACUUAUGGACCUUCUAUUUCAGCCAUCAGUGCUACCCCAGAUUUUACACCCACAAGCAACAAGAAGAAUAGGACUGGUCUGAUCGUAGGUGUCGUUGUUGGUGCUGGAGUUUUAAGCUUUCUAUCUAUUUUUUUGGUUUUCUAUACUGUUCGAAGAAGAAAACAGCUUCCAACCAAUGAUGAUGCGGAGCUCUUGGGAAUAGAUGUUAGAACAUUCACUUUCAGCUACGCUGAAUUAAAGACAUCUACAGAAGAAUUUAGUCCUGCUAAUAAGCUUGGAGAGGGAGGAUUUGGACCUGUCUUUAAGGGAACACUUAAUGAUGGGAGAGUAAUUGCUGUGAAGCAACUAUCUGUAGCAUCACACCAAGGAAAGAACCAGUUCAUAACUGAGAUUGCUACUAUAUCUGCUGUGCAACACCGCAACCUUGUGAAAUUGAUCGGAUGUUGCAUUGAAGGAGAUCAACGACUACUUGUUUAUGAGUUUCUAGAGAAUAGAAGUCUUGAUCAAGCGUUAUUUGGAACAAGAAGUUCGAAUCUCGACUGGUCAACACGUUUUGAUAUAUGCUUGGGUGUAGCAAGAGGUUUAGCAUAUCUUCAUGAGGAGUCACGACUUCGAAUUGUACACAGAGAUGUUAAGGCCAGUAAUAUCCUGCUUGACUCUGAUCUCAUCCCCAAAAUAUCAGACUUUGGCUUGGCCAAGCUUUAUGAUGAUAAAAAGACCCACAUAAGCACCCGCGUUGCAGGAACUAUUGGGUAUCUUGCACCGGAGUACGCCAUGCGUGGGCACCUUACGGAGAAGGCUGAUGUGUUUGCCUUUGGUGUCGUGGCCCUAGAGAUUGUUAGCGGGAGGCCAAAUUCUGACUCAAGCUUGGAGGAAGACAAAGUUUAUCUUCUUGAAUGGGCUUGGCACUUGCAUGAAAACAACAGUGAAGUUGAUCUUAUGGACUCCACAUUAUCAGAGUUCAAUGAGGAAGAAGUAAAACGCAUGAUAGGAGUAUCUCUUUUGUGCACACAAGCAUCCCCAACGUUACGGCCGUCAAUGUCGCGUGUGGUGGCAAUGCUUUCAGGAGAUAUUGAAGUGAGCUAUGUAACUUCAAGGCCUGGAUAUUUGGCUGACUGGAAAUUUGAUGAUGUAUCCACCUUAAUGAGUGAUGUUGCAAAGAAAGGAACUCAUGCAAGCUAUUACAACCCAUCAGCAAGUACAAGCAUAGUGGGUGAUGCAGAGAAUUCACCAGAAAAUGCUUCUAAACCCAUGCUCCAUGAGAUUAUCAAAGAGGGUAGGUGAGAAUUGGUCUUUCUUUCUUUUCUUUUUCAAACUUUGUAUAUUCUUCAAUUCCAGGCAUAAUAAUAAUAUUAGAGCUACUUGGAUUGUAAAAUGAAUUUUUCAUUUUUAUUUUUUCUCUGAGGUAUUGGCACCCUCCUUGCAUGUUAGUAUAGAGUGCAGACAUUAAGGCACUAUUCAAGAAAGCCUUCACACUGGGGUUGAAAGUACAAGUUUGUUUUCUAAUAA